CGCUUUUUUUUUUUAAAAAAAAAUGUCGAAAUGAUACCAUCCCUGAAUUGCAACGCGAAAAUCAUAGUCUUCAAAUGGGAUACAAACAGAACCCAUUCAAAUGUGUAAUUUUGGACAGUAGCACAGACCCAAUUACAUGUAUUCUUUAUGACCAGCCAUUACCAAGAAGGAGCUAUUUUUGCAUGUCUCGGUGCUCCCUUCAAACCGAGUGGGCAGCUCGAUCUAGAGGAUUUAAUUCAACGCAAUAUCCCCAAGGCUCUUGCAAUGAUGAAAAUCCUGUCAUCUGUUGGCGUGGAUCCUUCCGGUUUCUCCAAGCCUCUUUGACCAGGUUUUACAAGUACGGCCUAGCUAUCAAUUGCUUCGCGGUCUCUCAACUCCACGCUCUAGAAGAAGUCCAGAAUAAUUGCAUCAAGAAAAUUUACGGUACUCAAGGCAAAGCGUCCACUAAAGUUAUGCUCCAUAUGUCUAAGCUGUUCCCCAUGUCGGAACGAGUCAGUAUAUUACAGGCACAGCUCCUCUUUGGCGUAUUUGAUGAGACAGCCAUUAUAAUAACUCGAGUCACGGCAACCAUUCCUACAACUCCAUCUCAGAUGUCCCAAGCUGUUUCCUUCCUGCUCGUAGUGAUGUCUUCACAAAGGGCCAUUAUACCUAACUUCAAAAAAUUGGAAAUUAUAUGUGAAGCCGGAGUACGGGGUUCUGUUGAUUUCCUGGCGCCGCUGCUGGGAGGUGAAGCCAGCAAUACGUUUUUCAGAAGUGAUUCACUCUUGUCCUCACAAAGCAGCGAGGAAUAUACCAGCAGUGAACAAGACCCAAUCAACAGUGAAAAUAACUGGAUAGAAGCAGGGCAACCAUAA